AUGUCCACUCAGGUGCCAAGCUUCGAUGAUAUGUUCCACCAAAAGUUCAUGGACAUCAUUCAGAUUUGGAAGGACGACCCACGCUCUGCUCAGCUGACCUCAAGGGACCGCAAAGACUUCAUUGAUUCAGCCUACCGCGAUACUGACCGUGAGGUCUUCGGUGGUCGUCAGUUGUCAGAUCAAGAAAUCAAGCUUCGCGCGCUCACCAAGGUCUUCUACAAAGUUCUUUCGGAAGAGCCGUGGUCAGAAGACUGGAUCCGACCUCAUGACGUGGAGCGCAAGCUCUCUAGGUUCGAGAUGCACAAGGAGUCCGUCAAGCUCGCCGCUGAACACGGCAUCUUCACCCCAAAGGAAGCUAUCAUAGCGGCCCGCAAAGCAUUACAACUUCAGAAGAACGUUUCACAGGACAAAGAAGGCAAUCCUGACAAGAGUAAUCUACGUGGUCCAUUCGAUGAUAUUGAGAUCAUCUAUAUUCCCGGCACUGUAUCUUCGACCGCUACCAACAAGAUCGAUAGAGAUAACAUCUACCCCGUGUCAGUCGCUAGCGUUGCGCACAUCCUGCACAAUCACAUUUGCCGCGACAUGACUAGGCCUUUCGCCAUGGCUCAGAAGUUCGUCACUGUGACAGAUACUGAUGAGCUGACCAAGAUGCGCCAGUUCGCCUGUGACGUGUGCGAUUUUGCGCCACAUCUUCUCGACAACGACAAUAUCAGUCUUCUUGUCGUGCUACUCAUCCUGACUCGUUCGGAGAUCUGUAGGCGCUUCGAGAACAACGGUAUUCGCAUCGAGGGUUCCACUGUCAGUCACCGUAGAGCCGAGUGCAUGAAGCAGAAGCUGGGUUGGAAGAAUCCCGAGGAGCGCAAGCCGUUCGAUAACGUUGCGAUCGAGCUCCAGACUCGGGUUAAGAAUGCCUGCUUCCCUGCGCCCCGUCUUCAGACUUCGCGUGGUCCCAACAAGCUCAGGACGGGCCGCAAAUCCUCUACUCCCGGAACGACUGGCACCCCUCCGCUCGGUUACUUUCCACCUCCCCAGCCUCGAGCUCCCAUGUCGUCAACCCUGGCCAAUUAUGGCAUAAACGUCCCAGAUCCAUCUACAGUAUCUCCGUACGCCACGAGCCACCAACAAUGGAUGAAUGGCGCGGACUCUGUGCCUUCAAAGGUAACUCCUGUCCGUACAACCCCCAAGACAGGCCCAGGCAGCAGCGCGGCUGAGCCGAUGGACGUCGAUUAG